GAAUUGAGCUUUGCAGACGUUAUAUUUUGGUGGGCCUGAGCCGCAGAGAUUUGUUGUAGUAGCAUUACGCCGGUCCUAUGUCAUGUCGGGAGAGAGAAGCGCAACGAGCACACACACACAACCGCCGGUGCCGAGCCCCUCCUUUCUCAGCCAGCUAGACGUCCCGUUACACAGGCCUUACACUUCAAAACUAUAAGUUGUCGAAGUGGAAGCAACAAACAGCGCUUAAACAUUGAUAGGAAGCCGCCGUGUUGCUCUCCGACAUGGAGUGCCGCCAUCGUGCAGCAUCGGCUAGCAGCGUUAGCAUCAACGUUACCGCACGAGCGCCGCCGUGCGUACUGCUAGCCGCGUAGCUUAAACGAUACGUUCGCCGUUUCCAUGGUGUCGGCUGCUUCGCGAGUUCGCUCGCGUGUUAACGGCCAAUCGGUUCCGGUCUCCGUUCGGGAAAGGCGAGCCCUUUAGUGGCUCCCCGUCCCCCACCGGGGACAACGAAGCGUGUGUGUGUGUUGUAGGGCAGUUAAGCGGUGCUGCGUGAUACAGGCCUAGCUGUGUCCUGCUAGCCAAUGUGCGCCAGUCUGCCGGAGCAGCAAUGAACAAUGACCAUAGUUGACAGAUCUUCAGAAAAGUCUGACCACGAGUCAGUCGGGUGCAAGCAUUCCCCCUUCGCCAGUGGAGACGUGGGUAUGGACAGCAGCUGUUCCAGCAGCUGGGCGGUGGGCCCCACCAUGACCGGUGACUCUCAGAGGCUGAAGGCUCCAGGAGGCUGCCUGGGCCCCACACCUGGAGCUGCUGUUUACAACAGCACUCCCUCCUCUGUGGACCGGCCCAAAGAACAAGUGAUGAGCAGUGGUGACGGCAUUGACCUGCCCCAGAAGGUCCUCUUCCCUCCAGAGCGCCUCAACCUGAAGUGGACCCAGGUUCACCGCAUUGGAGCAGGCCUUCAAAACAUGGGGAACACAUGCUUCCUCAACUCGGCCCUGCAGUGUCUCAGCUACACCCCUCCGUUUGCCAACUACAUGCUGACAAGGGAGCACUCUAAAACAUGUCACGAGCCGGGCUUCUGUAUGAUGUGCACCAUGCAAAACCAUAUCAUUCAGGUUUUUGCCAACUCUGGGAAUGUCAUUAAGCCCAUUGGUGUGCUCAAUGAGCUUAAAAGGAUAGCAAAGCACUUCCGCUAUGGAAGCCAAGAGGAUGCCCAUGAAUUCCUGCGGUACACCGUGGAUGCUAUGCAAAAGUCCUGCAUACCUGGAACCAAAUUCGACAGGCAAACACAGGCAACUUCUUUCAUCCAUCAAGUAUUUGGCGGGUACCUAAGGUCCAGAGUGAAAUGCUUAAACUGCAAAGCAGUCUCAGAUACAUUUGACCCCUUUCUAGAUAUUACCCUGGAAAUUAAGACGGCUCCCAGCAUCUCCAAGGCUCUAGAGCAGUUUGUCAAACCAGAGCAGCUGGAUGGAGAAAACGCCUACAAAUGCACCAAGUGCAAAAAAAUGGUCACCGCCUCAAAGAGAUUUACCAUCCACCGCAGUUCUAACGUGCUAACACUGUCACUCAAACGCUUUGCAAACUUCAGCGGAGGCAAACUUACAAAGGAUGUGAAAUAUCCAGAGUUCCUGGACCUGCAGCCUUUUAUGUCUCAGUCCCAAGGAGAACCCCUGGUCUACGGGCUGUAUGCUUUGCUGGUCCACUCUGGAUUCAGCUGCCAUGCUGGACACUACUUCUGCUACAUUAAGGCGAGCAAUGGUCAGUGGUAUCAGAUGAACGACUCCUCUGUGUCUGUCAGUGACAUCAGGUCUGUUCUCAACCAGCAGGCCUAUGUUCUCUUCUACAUCAAGUCCAGUGAUAUGAAAAAAGCAGGCGACUACAGUCACUUGAGCCAUAACCCAGGAAUCCCUGGUCAGUCGUCUCCACGUCCGGUGGUGAUCCCACGCAUGAACACCACCGUCCACCACAACAAUAUUGGCUUCAUGGGUCCCCAGCUGCCCCCACACAUGACCAAGAGCACUCUCCAUGUCAAUGGGAAUGGAUCUCUGAGGGACUAUCCUACAAGCUCCAAGCCCAGCACCAGCAGCAGUGUUGUGGGAAAAUCAAGCCAUGGCCUGGCCUCUUCCUCCUCCGUCUCCCACUCAAUCAGCCGGCCCAAAAUGAUCCCAGACCACGACAAACGCCAGAAGCUUUCAUUCUUCAUUGGACAAAGCAAACAGAACCGCCCAUCCUCCUCCUCUUCCUCCUCCCUGUCCUCUUACAGCCAGCCGUCCUCUGCCAGCAGCAGCAGCAGCAGCAGCAGCAGCAGCAGCAGCAGCAGCUCCUCCUCCUCCAGCUCUUCAUCCUCCUCACAGUCUACCUCAGCAGUUCGGUUUGUUCCACGUCAGCUUCACCACGUUAAUGGCAUGUCUUGCAGUAAUGGGGAUCACCACUCUGGAGGUAAUGUAGCGUCAUUCCUGGUGCCGUACGGCCAAGAGUCUUCAGAGGAGUCGGACCAGGAGAACUGCAGCGCCCUGGAUAACGGCUGUUUAGGCAAGUCUCACCUCAAUGGAAGUAACCGAACAGGAGGUAUCUUUGACAAAUCUCCUCAAGCCACAAGCAGAGAGUCGGGAGUGCACCAUAAUGGUAACGGAUUAAAUGGAUCGACCAAUGGCAUCUCCAAAUCAGGCCAAAAUGGACACCAUUAUGGACAACACAAAGUCAAUGGACACAACACCACUGACAAGAUCCCUGGCAGUAAUCAUGGAGGUUUGUCCCCGGUUGCUAUCGUUGCUGCUAAUGGAGUUGAUGCUGACCAUAGUCAAACAAGCAAAGAGGCAUUCCAGACGAGUUCUUCCCAUAGCAUCCAUCCAGCUGCAAGUGAAAGCCAGCACCUCUCCAAUCCUCACAAAAGGGCUAAAACUCUGUCUGAACCCCUGCCUCAGCAAAAAGCCCCCUCCACUGUUAGCAUUCCACCUUCAGCUACUGCUACAAAGACCCAUUCGGUCGCAUCUGGAGAAUCUGCUGCCUCUUCGGCACAUCAUGGCAACACUGCUGCCUUAUCCACCUCGCCAGUCUGCUCCCAGAGCUCCGGUGGUGCGUCUGCUGCUCCACAGAAGAUAAGCAUGAGUGGGGAUGAAACCAAUGAUCUACCACAGAAAAACGGACCAUCAGCAGGGACUGAAGGGCGUACAGAUGCUAAGGAGCAGUACCAGUCCAAGCCAAGUUCUAGAGGCAGCGAAAGACGAUAUUCCCAAGAUGUGGACAUGGACAGAGACAGGCUGCACUCUGACGGGAGCAGAGACCGAGAGAGACACUACAGGGACAGGAGUCGGGAGCGAGAAAGUGACAGUGAUCGGCAUCGGCACAGACGGGACUACCGCUACCACCAUCGCUCAUACAGGGAUCAUUUGCCUCUCCACGAUCGACACCACAGGGACUGGGAAUCUGAGCGUCGAUCUGAGCGGACCGUCCACCCCAGAGAGCGCGAUCACGACAGGUGCUCUCACCAUUACCACCACUACCACAAUUACCACCACUACCACCAUAAAUCCAGAGAGAACUGGGACUGUGAGCGGAGGGGACACAAGUCCCACGGCAGCUCGAGGGGGCGGCAGGAGAGUCGAGAAUCACGGGGAACAAAGGACAAGAGCAAUGGCAGGGAGAGGAACCCUUACCCUUCAAAAGAGGAGACUGAAGAGACCUCCUUGUCUCCCACAGGGCCACAUAGAUCCACAAAGUCUAAAGGCUCGCCCUCUCGGGCUCCACCCUCUGACUCCAGAUCAGCUCAAAAUCACAAGCGGACUGAUGAUCAUCUGAGCAAGGAGCGAGACGACAGUUCUGAGGCCCGUCACUCUAAAAAACACAAGAAGAGCAAGAAAAAGAAGAAGUCAAAGGAUAAAGACAGACACAGAGAGAGCGGAAGUUCUGACGUGGAUUCCGACAGAGCCUCUGAAAUCAAAAAGAAGAGGAAGAAAGACCAGAGGCGGCGGGGCAGUGAGGCCAGGCAGCACAGCCCAGGAGCCACUCAGAGCCACAAGAACAGAAGCAGCGAGGAGAGGGAAAGCCGAAAGCGACGCUACUAUGACACCAACGGGUUUCCACCUGAAAAAAAAAGCCGGCGCACAGACGACGCUCAUCCCAGCAGUGACCAUCUACCCCACUCCCAGCACAUUUCAUCCACCAACGGCGCAGCUCACCACCAUCUCAACGGAUACACAGGAAACGGUUACAGCCGAACCAAUGGCGACUCCCACGGAUUCUCCAGUGGCCUGAAACACUGACUCUACACGUGGACUUCGUUUUUAACCACAGCAGAGACUUGACAUCAACAACCUUUUUGACAUGGUGCUUCUUCAUUGGGAAUAUUGUAUUUUUACUUACAAAAAAAGGUGUUUUAAAAUGUCCAGAGAUCUUUUUUUAAGCCGUUGAUUCAUUUGCUGUUAUUCUCUUAACUAUGGGUAAAUGAAAACUUUUCACCUUGUUGAACAUUUAUGACGAGAAAUAUUAAUAUAUACUUGUAUGAACACAAACAAAGCCUGGAGCUUAAACAUCUCAACUGCUGCUCAGUGGAACUCAGGACAUGAAAACUCCAUUGCAGACAUCCACCUGCUUCAAAUAAGAAUGAGACGAAAGGGAAACUGCCUAAGAGGCGAACUGCAAGGCAUCGUGUUGACUGCAAGUUUUAAGAUGUCACUAUAUCUACAGAGCUGCAAAUGAGUUUUGACUUGCAGACAGACUAAAGGAGUGCAGUUGUGGAAACGAGGCUCAGCCGACUGAUACCUCCACUUUAACCCUGGACAGACUUGAGAACAUUUCCCAACUUAACCUUUUUUUGUUUGUUUCCAUUUUGCUCUGAAGCCUAAGAUUCACUCUGAAGCCUAAGAUUCACACUCUGUAAUUUUUAAAACUUUUUCACAAGACAUUUUUCUCUAGGUCAUGGCUCGCUCUCCUCUCACACAUCCUUUAUCCUUUUUUUUUAAUGUUCAAAAAGAAAAGCAUCAAGAAUUUAUCAUAGAUGUGGACCAUUUGUGUUUGCUUUUUAAUGAAAAAUACAGUUUGUGUCUUAUAGCGUCAAAAAUACUGUGAAUUUAAUUUUAAACUGUACUAUCAGUUAUUUUAAGUGUAAAAAAAAUCCUGUAUCAGGAUUAGCAGUAGAUGUUUUGCUUUGUUUUUAGAAAAACAAGUGUUAAUUUUGACCAUAUUCUUUAGACUAAAGUCUGAUUAUGGUUUUCUUAUUUUUUGUUUGUUUUAUGUUUUUCAACUUUAGACAGAUGUUAAAAAACUGCUGUUAUACCUUUUAUUUUUUUGUUUAGCAUGUCAGAAUUUAUACAUUGUAUAAGGUUAAAGCCUUAAAAAUACAUUUGUUUAUGUCUGCAAUUGUAAUCUGUUAUUGGUCUUUGAAGUUGUUUACAAGCUGCAUUGAAAAUUAAUGGGAAACGCUGAUCGAGAUGAGUUGCCAGGGAUUUUUGUAAGCGCUCCUGUCUGCCUUUGUAUUACACAGAAUGGACUGAUUGUAUUCACGCUCUCGUAGGGCAAACGGUUGAGGACACAGAAGGGGAGGACUGAAACUCACGGCACUCCUUAUUCAGGUUUUGCAAAAUACACACUUUUUUAAGCCGUUAGGUUCAAACCCUCAUGUUUGAAAAUAACCAAAGACCGGCUGCGUCUGGUGAGUCGAGCUCUCCUUUACUGAAUUCACACAAAAAACUGUUGGCUGAUCAGCAUGUCCUUUUUUUUUUUUAUUCAAAGUCUUCAUCAAAGUGUUCAGGAGCAGUUCACCCCGCAUCAUACCAUGUUGAAACUUAAAAUCUGCACCUGAUAAGGAAAGUUCUGGCUUUGGGUUGGUCGGAUCAACCUUGGGUUUCCAGUUUUGAACCUGCUCAUGUCCUACGCUCUCAGCAAAGUUGUUUUUCUUUCAUAUAACAUCACAAUAUCUGAUCCUCAGUAAUAACUCAGUGUGAGGAGGCUUCACUGCUCUGCACAAGGUCCCUCCCUCUCAUUGUAAACUGUUAUGUCAAACUCAAAUGUGAACGGGUAUAGGCUAUGGCCAUUAUGAUUUACAUGCUACAUAAACACAACAAAGAACAAACGGAAAUAAACCAAACGGUAUGUACAUUAUAUAUUAUACAUGCAUAAUGUAAGUCUGGGGCUGCCUCUUUUGUUAAACAAUAAGCAAAUAAAUACAAAAGAAAUGAA